AUGAAGACUGACUACCAAUGGUUCGUUAAAAGAACCGAUUUGGAUUGCAUUCAUGGGGGCAUCACCCCCGUCUUCUCCACUUUCACAUUAACAGCGGUCUCCGUCGAUCGAAAUAUUUUGAUCCGACAUCAGAUAAAGAAACCAUUAAGAAUUAAACACGCAUUGAGGGUCAUUGCGGGAUUCGCCACUUUCGCCUCACUAAUCUCACUGCCAACAAUGCUCAAGCAACGUCUCGGGCCAUUCCCAAACUUUUGCGGCGAAUUUUGCACAGAGAUCUUUGUAUCACGAUCUACCACCAUGAAAACCCAUUACAGAAUCUAUGGUGGUGUCCUUUUGAUCAUGCAAUUCGUGAUCCCGUUCACCAUUAUCAUUAUCUCAUAUACGGCAAUCUCGCUAAGGAUUGGACAAAGUAUGAUCCUAAAAGGCACU